GCCAGGAGAUUAGAACAGAUUGCUAAAGUUAGUUUGAGGCCAAGCCGAGCUAUCUAGUGAGAAACUAAAAGAAGCCAGAUUGAAUCUGUCAGCUUGGAGAGGAGUUUGAGCCAGAACAGCUGAGUUGAACCAGCCAACCAGAGGUCAGAAAGAGCUAGAAAGGGUUAGCUUAUUCAGCGGUAAGUCUCAGAGGCUGAAAACAUUCUAGGCCUAGAUUAUAUUGUACAGAGGCUAAAAGCUCCAGACGUAGGCCUGUAUUUGCAAAUGCAGGCAGUAAGCCUAAGAGAAGACACUCCCAUAUCCAUUGGAGGAGAUGUUGCAGGAAGAUUAAAAAGUAUGGUCUUAUUGGAGGAGAUAUGAUACUGGAGAUGGACUUUGAAGCUUCCAGAGAAUUCUGCCACUCCUACUGCACUCUCUCCAACCUGCUCACGGAUCAAGAAGGAAGCUUUCAACUGCCUUCAGGAUCUCUCCAACCCGUAGAAACAAAAUCCCUUUCCAGGGUCACCUGACAUCACAUCUGUUUCCACUGUGAUCUGCUUCCUGCAUUGACCAUGCCUGGCUGGAGCUGCCUGGUGACAGGAGCAGGUGGAUUUCUGGGCCGGAGGAUCAUCCGCAUGUUGGGGCAGGAGAAAGAGCUGCAGGAGCUCAGGGUCUACAUCAGAACCUUCAAGCCAAUUCUCAAAGAGGAAUUAUCCAAGCUGCAGACAAAAACCAAGGUGACAGUGCUCCAGGGAGACAUUCUGGAUGCCCAGUGCCUGAGGAGAGCCUGCCAGGGUAUCUCUGCUGUCAUCCACACCGCUGCUGUCAUUGAUGUCUCAGGUGUCAUUCCCAGACAGACCAUCGUAGAUGUCAAUGUGAAAGGUACUCAGCUCCUGUUGGAUGCUUGUGUGGAAGCCAGUGUGCCAGUCUUUGUCUACAGCAGCUCAAUAUCUGUGGCUGGACCAAACUCCUACAAGGAGGUCAUCCGGAAUGCCAGUGAGGAAGAGCAUCUAGAAAGUACAUGGCCUGACCCAUACUCGUACAGCAAAAAGAUGGCCGAGAAGGCAGUGCUGGCAGCCAACGGGUGCACUCUGAAAAACGGUGGCACUUUGCAUACUUGUGCCUUAAGACUCCCAUUCAUCUAUGGGGAAGAAUGCCAAUCCACUUCAUUCGCAAUAAAAGCAACACUCAAGAACAAUGGCAUACAUAAAAAACUUGCCACAUUCUCGGUGGUCAGCCCAGUGUAUGUGGACAAUGCAGCCUGGGCACACAUUCUGGCAGCCAGGGGCCUACAAGACCCCAAGAAGUCCCCAAGCAUCCAAGGGCAGUUCUACUACAUCUCAGAUGACACCCCUCACCAAAGCUAUGAUGAUUUCUUUUGCACCCUGAGCAAGGAAUGGGGCAUCCGCCUUUCCACUUGGAGCCUCCCUCUGCCCCUGCUCUACUGGCUUGCCUUCCUUCUGGAAAUGGUGAGCUUCCUGCUGCGACCAGUCUACAGCUAUAGGCCUCCCUUUAACCGCCACUUGGUCACAUUAUUAAAUAGUGUGUUCACCUUCUCCUACAAGAAAGCUCAGCGCGACCUGGGCUAUGAGCCACGUGUCAGCUGGGAGGAAGCCAAGCAGAAAACCUCAGAGUGGAUCGGGACAGUCGUGAAGCAAUACAAGGAGACACUGAGCUCAAAGACUCAGUGAUGUGAAGACGGCAGGG